CGCGCGGAGCGCCAAAGCUAGCUAGCUUACCAAGAAACUGUGACUAAAGGUGCGGUUUAAACUGAGAGAUAGGAAGGUCAUCAACCCUCCCACACUCAAAGAUGAAACCACCGUGUACCCACGUGACCACGUGACCACGUACGUGUGCGCCACUGUGUGCCGGCAAGGCAACGUACGCUAAACAUCCGGCACAUGGCAUAACUGGUAAUGCCAGUUUCCUACCUGUAAAACCAGUUUUUUGGCCUACGUAUAAGACCUGGGCCCAGCGGCACUCUGCCGACAUUUCCACUGAAGAAAAGACGUGUGAGUUACUAAAGUAAACUCAGCCUAUCCCUUGGGCCUUCCGGAGUGUGGUGACAUUUUUGUUAGAAGUUACAAUAGCUACCGGGCACAUGGUGUUUCAAUCAGAGAGUAUCCCAUAAUGCAGCUAUGGCUUAUGCAAUAUAUACACCAUACCUGUGUAACUCUCUCUUUUAUUGUCUCUCUCUCUCUCUCUUUGCAGGAAACACUCCCCAAAGAGACAUCCCGUAAGUGUGCCAUUUCACUGCAUCACUCUAUACUCUGUUAUUUUUACUGUAGCCUUAGAUUCGAUAUUUCUAAAAGAGCAAUCAGUGGAAUUACAUCCUUUGCAAAUUCCCCUUUUUGUCACAAUUUUCCUGUCAUCUAAGAGUAGACACUAGUUUUGCACUAAAUUAUGCAAACUUGUGCUUUGACACAGUUGUGAUGACACAGUUGUGAUGUAAAUCUGCCCCCUGUAUGAGCUGAAGAAUGAGUGACCUAGCCAUUCCCACACAUUCUGAACCACAUGCUGUAAUGGCAUUGAUCUGCCGCAUUUCUAAAAGAGCAAUCAGUGGAAAUUACAUUAUUUGCAAAUUCCCCUUAUGCAAACUUGUGCAAGCUUUGACACAGUUGUGAUGUAAAUCCGCCCCCUGUAUGAGCUGAAGAAUGAGUGACCUAGCGAUUCCCACACAUUCUGAACACAUGCUGUAACAAAGAAGGCUUAUGGGUGCACUAAGCCAAAACGGCCUGUGGAGAACACUGAAUUCUGAACACUGAUUACCAUCGUAUAUACAUUACCUGUACAUGUAAGUGGGAACCCAACUCAUUACAUUGAGGCGAGCGCUAGCCGUGCGAGUUCGGCUUGACAGUGUGUGAGCUCCAGGAAGGAAGAACCGCUGUGUAUACUUAUAGUUCAGAGAUUCAUGGGUUUUUCUGUAAGGUAAGCUGUAGCCAGCCAGGGCAGUGAGCGCUGAGCAGCGGUAGUUUGUAUCAGCCGCCAUUUUGUUUGUGCUUCUUUGUCGGGCAAUAUAAAAAAACUUCUCUCUCUUUCUUUCUAUCCUCAAAGGACACUCAACCUGAAAUGCAAUAGUUCUUUCUCUCUCUCUUUCUCUCUUUAGGAUGGCGAGGCAGCCUGUUGUAUCACUGGAGAGAGUUCAAUUUCAAAAAACUCCCAUGAGAUGUUUUCUGUAUGCAAGAAGAGGAAUGGCAGGAAGUGGAGAUCUUAUGGGGAGCAGACAGUACAACCUCUCCAAAGAACUUCGCGAAGAAAUAAAGUUGACAGCAGAUAUAUUGGGCAUAAGUGUUGAGGAGGCCAAUGUGAAGAGAGUUGGAAGACGACCCGAUGACUAUAUCUUCGUUUAUAAGCAGCAUAUCAAAUGUAGUGAUGCGGACCUAAACACACUUGAGGUAUUUAUGAACUUUGAAGAGGAAGUCGUCGCCACCAAUGCUGCAGCCACCACCAGUGCCACAGCCACCAACAGCGCCACAGCCAUCAACAGCGCCACUAGUCUGAAACUGGAACCAUUCAUGUAGCAGCUGUGGCCACAUGACGAUGCCCUGAAACAGGCAAUUGAAAAUCCAGCUCCACCCAGCCGGGUGUGUCGGUCGUGACAAACACAGUAGCGUCAUCGUUUUUCAAGACAGUGUGGAAGUGGGAAUCAACAAUUGUGUGGAGGUGAGGUGCACUUCCGGGGCCCGUGCCACCCUACCCAAAAAAUUGGGUGAACUUGUUGCCAAUACAUAUUAUUUCGCAAGCUUAUACCAUCUCAACUCGAAAUUUAAUGACAUGCCAUCAUCCAUUGAAUGGAAAGCUCACGGAAUGCUGAUUGUGAGAAGCAUGGGUAUCAUCACAAUUGAAAUGAUAAUGGAUGCUGACAACUGUCGUGUUGUUAUAAGAAACAAAGACUUUCACCUGCAAAAUUUGGGGUUGUACCUAGAAGAAAUAGUGGAACAAUUGAACUAGUUUUGUGUGUGUGUGUGUGUGAUGUGUAAAAUAAUGAGAAUUGCCA